GAGCUCGAGCAACCUUUUUGAUUACCAACAUGAACGGCACAAUAUCCCGUUUCCGUUUCCAAUGCAUGAACAUUCGUGACCGACUAGUCCAUACACCAUGGCUAUUCAUCAAAACAGUCAUUCGCGGCAUCACAGCCGCACUGGCGGUUAUAUCGUUAUCAUUCUUUGCAGCUGCGAUACCAUGUUGGAAUCAUAAUUUGGAGCAUAUCCAUGGUCCGGAGAAGGGGGAUUGGCAGGAUGGGAUCCCUAUUGCGCCUCUAGCGUUAGCAUUCCUCUACAACACAUGCACAACAAUCUACGCAGUCAAAAAAGGGAAAGGAGUGCCCUAUCACAUCCUCGAAGUCCUCAUCGACUUUUUAAUAUUGUCCGCCCUCGCUGCGGCGUUGGUAUUCGCUAUCUGGGGCGGAGUAUUCAAUGUAUGGUCCACAGCGAGCACGAUGAUGGGCCCGUCAGGCAUGAUGAUGGUGAUGUGCGAUGAGUCGUCGAAUGCAUUUAGUAGAGAGUGUUUUCCGGAGUUGUAUCCUUUAGGGUUGAUUGAGAUUGCUGCGAUCGGGUUUGCGGUUCCUGUUUGGUAA